AUGGAGGACAGCUGUGUCUUACACUUGUUACCAUAAUCGUUACUUCCUGUUGGAAAUGAAUUCUCCAGAUAAAAUGAAUUAAGUGACUCAUUAAGCAGUUAAGGAACUAAUAAUUAGGGGGAGAUGUCCUUCACUUAAAACGUAAGAAGUCUACCUACCUUAAAUAGGAAGGAAGUAAGAAGUCUUAAAGUACCAAAAAGAAAAUCAGCAAAGACCAACCUCAAAAUAUGAAAAAAAAUCAAGGCCAUUGGUCUACUCAAGAACAUCAAGUUUACGUUGAGUUCCUCAAACAACAUCAUAAUACAACCAUGCAAAAUCAACAAAACAGAAAAAAUAAUAAAAUCUUCAAACUCAUGUCAAUGACAAUUGGGACAAGGUCGCCUUCUCAAUGCAGGUAUAAAAUAUUAAUAUAAAAGAUCUCAUCAUCAAAAAUUUAAUCCGUUUACAUUAGCUGGGUAAAAGAGAAACAAGAAAAACAAGAGGAGAAUCAGUAAAUUUUCAUCAUAAUAAUUUUAGACACUGAAAACAUAGCAUUUGCUAGCCAAGUUUAAUAGUAUUACACACCAGAAAUCAAGUCUCAAUUAAGUAACUAAUUAUUAUGAUCCACAGAUCCCUGUCACUUUGAGUACUUGUCCAAUUAUGAAGACUCCCGUCCUUAGUUAUAGAACUUUUGUUGUAACUCUAAUGAUGAGAGCGAUUGGUGUUAUAGAUAAAAUUGUAACCAAUAUUUGGAGGGGCUUCUUGAAUGA